UGUCAUAAAUGAAGGGUGGGACUAGGCAGGGGAGGGGCACGCAGUUGCUAAGGAUAUGUGAGCAUCAGAGAGCUGUCAUAAUGGUUCUGCUCUGGCUUAAGGGAGCUGCUCUGGUCCUCUGGCUCAUUGUGCCCUGGAGCCUUUGCUGCCAUGUCCUGGCUGCGUUUCUGGGCCCCGUGGCUUCUUGUGUUGCUACCAUUGUGGCUGCUGGUCCAGGCAGCUCAGCCUCCGGGUUGGGCCCUGGACCCUGUGCAGCUGACCCCCAGACCCCCAGGGCCAACCGAGUCCUGGUCUUCGGAUCCCUCCAAUGUCCCUCUUGAAUUUCCCCAUCCACGUCAACAACUGAUGCAUCCUGUGGUUCCUUUCUGGUACACAGGUUCAGCUGGAGAGCUGCCCCCAGGACCAGAUCUUUGGGACAAGCCUGGCCAGCAUGAAAGUCAGCCACAGGUGGUUCCAGUGGUGGAUUCCCAGGAUCAGCCUCCAGAGCUCCCGGAGAUGGAUGAGAACUACAAAUACCUGCAGGCAGCCCUGGCUGAGCCUUCCUUCACUCCUGAAGAGGCUGAGCCUCCAGUCCAGGAGGAAGCCCCAGCUCCAUCUCCAGCGCGCUCUCAGGGGACACUUCCACAUCCCGGGCAGGUUCCCAGUCAGCGUCCAAACCUGACUCAGGUCACAGCUGCACCUGGGGACCUGGACGUUUCCGUAUCUCGGCAGCCAGAGCCUUCUGAGACGGGUUUUCCAUCACCGGCUCAGAAUUCAGUGGUGAACACCACCGCAAACAACAUAUGUGAGGUCUGUAGCUGCACAGAUGAGAUGCUGGCGUGCGUUGGACUCAGCCCAGAGCAGAAGCUCCAGAGUGUGCCCGUGCCAGAGCCCAACGCUCACAAUGGCACCUUCACGAUCUUGUAAGAACCGCCUCUCUUCAUUUGUUCCCUGCAUCCUGCCUGACCUGGCAGCAUUUUCCUCAAGGACUUCCUGGCCCCUCAUUUCCAUACCCUGUGUUGACUGAUUUUCUGUUUUUAUCUUUUGUUAACUAUUCCUUCUCUUCCUUUUCCUUCUUAAUAUUGUUCUCCCUUCUCCAUUCUUUUACUUGUAAUUGCCCUUAUUCUUUUUCCUUACCUGCUUUUUUUAGUUCUGUCAUUCAAGUCCUUUUCCUAUCAUUUUUAGUCCAUCUUCUUAGCAGCAUGUCCCUAUCCUCAUUUCA